GCUUCUGUCCUAACGUGAAGGAAGUGCACAAUACUGACUAAAGAUGUCUGGCCGUGGAAAGAAAGCUACACCCAAACCAAAAAGUGUUGUGUCCCGGUCCGUCAGAGCAGGCAUCACUUUCCCAGUGGGCCGCAUCCACAGGCUACUGAAGAAAGGCAACUAUGCUGAGCGGAUUGGAAAUGGCGCAGCAGUAUACUUUGGAGCCGUACUGGAGUAUCUCUGCGCAGAAAUCCUGGAGCUUUCCGGAAAUGCAUGUCGUGACAACAAGAAGCACCGCAUCUCUCCUCGCCACAUCUUGUUGGCAGUGAAAAAUGACGAAGAGCUCAACAGACUGCUCGCAGGGGUCACCAUCUCUGACGGUGGCGUCAUCCCCAACAUCCAGGCAGUUCUUCUCCCAAAGAAAACCAAGUCGACCAGGGAUGAUAGCUCGGCAAAAGAUGUUCAGUCUCAAGAGUUUUGAUUGUGAAAUGUAGAUGUUUUUUUAAAAGUUUGUAAUAAAAGUUUUCUAAUUUAAAAAGGUGACUAUUUUGUAGCGCUAAAUUCUUUACAGAAACCAUUCAUUU